ACAGACUGGCCCUGGGCUGUACUGCUGAGCCACAAUGGCACAGAACGGAACAACAGAGAACGGAGUUGCUGAAGGGAUCCCAUCUUUGCUUUUUCCUCAGCCUGUCAAAGUGCAGGAGAUCAGACACACCAAGAUUUUUAUUGACAAUGAAUGGCACACAUCCUGCAGUGGCAGGACAUUCCCAACGUUCAACCCAGCGACAGGUGUCAAAAUCUGUGACGUGGAAGAAGCAGACAAAGAAGAUGUGGACAAGGCGGUGCAGGCAGCCAAGGCAGCCGAGCACAGAUGCGCUCCGUGGCGGAGGAUGGACGCGUCCAGCCGGGGAAGGCUGCUGCACAAACUGGCCGACUUGAUGGAGCGGGACCGGCUCCUGCUGGCGACCCUGGAGACUCUGGACACAGGAAAGCCCUUCCUGCAGUCUUUCUUCAUUGACCUGGACGGCAGUAUCAAAACCCUCCGUUACUAUGCAGGCUGGGCCGACAAGAUCCACGGCAAGAGUCUGCCUGUAGAUGAAAGCUUCAUGUGUCUAACCAAACACGAGCCUGUUGGAGUAUGCGGAGCCAUCAUUCCAUGGAACUUUCCUCUGCUGAUGUUUAUGUGGAAGAUGGCACCAGCCCUGAGCUGUGGAAACACCGUGGUCAUCAAGCCAGCAGAGCAGACGCCCCUCACGGCCCUCCAUGUUGGAUCCCUGAUCAAAGAGGCAGGAUUCCCCCCUGGAGUUGUAAACAUUGUUCCAGGGUUUGGUCCCACGGCCGGAGCCGCCAUCGCCAGCCACAUGGACAUUGACAAAGUGGCCUUCACUGGCUCCACAGAGGUGGGCCAGCUGAUCAAAGAAGCAUCAGCCAAAAGUAAUCUGAAGAGAGUGACUCUGGAGCUGGGAGGGAAGAACCCCUGCAUCGUGUUUGCUGACUGUGACUUGCAGCUAGCUGUGGAGGAAUCCCAGAAAGGAGCUCUAUAUAACCAGGGACAGUGCUGCACAGCUGCAUCACGUGUCUUUGUGGAGGAAAGCAUUUAUGAGGAGUUUGUGCAACGCAGCAUAGAAAACGCCAAGAACAUUGUCAUCGGAGACCCGCUGGACCCAAAGACAUCACAUGGGCCACAGAUUGACCAACAGCAGUUCGACAAGAUUAUGGAUCUGAUAGAGAGUGGGAAGGAAGAGGGGGCCAGGCUGGAGUAUGGAGGAGCAGCUUUGGGUGAAAGGAGCCUCUUCAUUCAACCUACCAUCUUCUCUGGGGUCAAAGACCACAUGCGUAUCGCCAAGGAAGAGAUCUUUGGUCCAGUGCAGUGCAUAUUCAGCUUUAAAAGCCAGCAGGAGGCCAUAGAGAGAGCCAACAGCUCCCAGUAUGGCCUGGUGUCAGCAGUCUUCACAUCCAGUAUGGACAGAGCUCUGUCUGUGUCUGCAGCCCUGGAGACUGGCACUGUCUGGAUUAACUGCUAUAACGCUCUUCAUGCGCAGACUCCCUUUGGAGGGUAUAAGAUGUCGGGCAAUGGACGAGAGCUUGGAGAGUAUGCUCUGGCUGAGUACUCAGAGGUGAAAGCAGUGACCAUCAAAUUGAGUGAAACCCUGUGAGAAGAACUGGCUGAAAUGUCCCAUGCUCUGCACUAAUCGUCACAUCUUCAGUCAUAUUCAUGAUGCUGAGAUUAGGGUUAGGCCAAUAUAUCAGUUAGUCUACACAGUAUGUCAGAGCCCAGAAAGUAUGGGCUGAAAUAUGUGCCACCAGAAACUGAAUUUGAAUUAUUUAUAUUUUAAUUUGAAUUGCUUAACUUGAAUAAUUGCAUUAAAAAACUGAAUUUGAAUCACAUAAUUUGAAUUUCUAUUGUUCAAUUUGAAUCAUUACAUUGAAAAACUGAAUCUGAAUAUUUGAAAUUGAAUUUUUUAGUU